AUGGAGUUAGGGACUCGCAAUACGCUGACCAAAACAGAAAACAGGCAAACUUCCAAGAUGCAUUUCCAAACUGCCAUUCUCGCCAUCUUUGCCGCGGCUCAGCUCGGCUUGGCCGCCCCCGCAAGCGAUGCCGGCGGCAGCACCCUUGAUGGCCCGAAGAAGGUCCUCACUCCGCAGGAAGAGUGCGAGAUGAAUUGUUACAAUGAUAUGAAAAUCAAGCUUGGUAGAAGCGAACUUACGUGUCACGAAAGGUGCAAGGGGGCAGGUGUCCCCAAGUCAAUCAAGGAUGCUAUUGAUAACUAUUAA